GCCACUUGCGCCCCUGGGAGCAGGUCGAAAUUACGGACUCCGAAAAUUCACAGCCAGAAAUGAACACUGGCCAGACAGAGGCGCCGAAUCCGACAGAGACUUCUGGUAACAAGAAGCAAGACAUGGCGCGGAUAGAUCCGCUACCGAUAAAAGCAAAUAUGCAGCUUUUAGGCCCAGCCAAUAACUUCGGAGAGGAGUCGUGGGUCAUAGCAUAUCAGAGGAAGCCAUUUUGGGAGAAGGUCUUCGAUGUCUCUGUCGUGAACCGAAACAGGCACAUAAGGUCUUUACAAGAUAAGGCUGUCUUUACCUCACUGUUGUGGGCGAGUUUCUUGGUGGUAGUCUUUACGGUUUGCUCCGUGUUAAUACCCUGUGGUAAUUUGUUUUAAGUAAUCGGGACCAUUAUGAGAUAUCAAUAGUUGAGAGAUGGAGUCGAAGUAAUAUUGAAAUGAGGAAGUUGAGGAAGUAUAGGAAGUAUAGGAAAUAUAGGAAGUAUAGGAAGU